AGGAGGAGGAGGAGGAGGAGGCAGAGGGUGAGCACGCUCACAGACUCUGCAGGGCCACAGAGGAACAACAGUCAGCAGCAGCGCUAGUGUUGGCCCGCAUCAGGUAGGAGACCCGUCCCCUCCGCAAGUGCGUUGUAACAAGAUCUGGACACGCCAACGCCGCAGAUACCCGCACCAGCAGCAGCAGCAGCAACAGCAACACCACCAACAUGGCACAAGCAGCCAAACAUCUCCGCAAGAACAAGGAUUUAGAAGCCCAGUUGGAGAAGGAAGAGAAAGAGAAGGAGGAGGAGAGGCUGAGAAAGAGGAGUCGCUCCCGGGAUAAAAAGCGCAAGGCCCACGCCGUGCAUCGCUGGCUAAUCGAUCAGGACAGUAGUGUGAGCUCUGAGAUGCCGGAUGGCCAAGGAGUAUGGCACUAUGAUGAUGAAGCAGAUGCUGGCAACAGUUUUCUCCGAGCGGCUCGAUCUGGCAACCUGGACAAGGCCUUGGAACAUAUAAAAAAUGGCAUUGAUAUCAAUACAGCCAAUCAGAAUGGGCUCAACGGGCUGCAUCUGGCCUCCAAAGAAGGCCACGUCAAAAUGGUGCUGGAGUUGCUUCACAACGGAAUCACACUGGAGACCACCACAAAGAAAGGGAACACCGCCCUCCACAUUGCAGCUCUGGCAGGGCAGGAGCAGGUGGUCACAGAGCUGGUAAACUAUGGAGCCAAUGUCAACGCUCAGUCCCAGAAGGGUUUCACUCCACUCUACAUGGCAGCACAAGAAAACCAUCUAGAGGUUGUGAAGUUUCUCCUGGAGAAUGGAGCCAAUCAGAGCAUUCCAACAGAGGAUGGAUUCACGCCGCUCGCCGUGGCUCUUCAGCAGGGGCAUGAGAAUGUCGUAGCUCUGCUCAUCAACUAUGGCACCAAGGGGAAGGUCCGGCUCCCUGCACUGCACAUUGCAGCACGAAAUGACGAUACGCGCACAGCUGCAGUGCUUUUGCAGAAUGACCCUAACCCUGAUGUCCUCAGCAAGACUGGAUUCACCCCCCUCCACAUUGCUGCACAUUAUGAAAACUUGAACGUGGCACAACUGCUGCUUAAUCGAGGAGCAAAUGUAAACUUCACUCCAAAAAACGGCAUCACGCCUCUGCACAUUGCUUCCAGACGAGGGAAUGUGAUCAUGGUCCGACUCCUGCUGGACCGGGGGGCCCAGAUUGAUGCCAAGACCAAGGAUGAGUUGACUCCUUUGCAUUGCGCUGCCAGAAACGGACAUGUCAGAAUAAUAGAGAUCCUGCUGGACCACGGGGCUCCAAUCCAGGCGAAGACAAAGAAUGGCCUGUCACCAAUCCACAUGGCAGCACAAGGGGACCACAUGGACUGCGUCAAGCAGCUCCUACAAUACAACGCAGAGAUUGAUGAUAUAACACUGGACCACCUCACUCCGCUGCACGUGGCAGCACACUGCGGGCACCACCGCAUGGCCAAAGUACUGCUAGACAAAGGAGCGAAACCCAACUCGAGGGCUCUGAACGGCUUCACUCCUCUGCACAUUGCCUGUAAAAAGAACCACAUGCGUGUGAUGGACCUCCUGCUCAAACAAUCAGCAUCACUAGAAGCUGUGACUGAAUCAGGCCUAACCCCCUUACAUGUUGCAUCCUUUAUGGGUCAUCUUAAUAUUGUGAAGAUCCUCCUCCAGAAGGGAGCUUCUCCCAGCGUCUCUAACGUGAAAGUGGAGACUCCGCUCCAUAUGGCAUCUCGGGCAGGUCACUUGGAAGUGGCAGAGUUUUUACUGGAGAAUUCAGCUCCAGUGGAUGCCAAGGCAAAGGAUGAUCAAACACCUCUGCACUGUGCUGCUCGGAUGGGUCACAAAGAGCUGGUGAAGCUUCUGCUUGACCACAAAGCUAACCCCAACUCCACCACAACAGCCGGACACACGCCUCUGCACAUCGCUGCCCGGGAAGGUCACGUUCAAACCGUGCGCAUCCUACUGGACAUGGAGGCCCAACAGACCAAAAUGACCAAAAAAGGCUUCACUUCACUACAUGUAGCCUCCAAGUAUGGGAAGGUGGACGUGGCAGAGCUACUGCUUGAGCGAGGAGCCAACCCUAACGCAGCUGGAAAGAAUGGUCUGACCCCGCUGCAUGUUGCUGUACAUCACAACAACCUGGAUGUUGUUAACUUGCUUGUCAGCAAAGGAGGGUCACCACAUAGCGCUGCCAGGAAUGGCUACACUGCCCUCCACAUUGCAUCCAAGCAGAACCAGGUGGAGGUGGCCAACAGCCUGCUGCAGUACGGAGCUUCAGCCAACGCUGAGUCACUGCAGGGCGUCACUCCGCUCCACCUCGCCUCGCAGGAGGGAAGGCCUGACAUGGUUUCCCUGCUCAUCUCCAAACAGGCCAACGUCAACCUGGGCAACAAGAGUGGAUUAACACCAUUGCACCUGGUGGCACAGGAAGGACAUGUAGGCAUUGCUGAUAUCCUAGUGAAGCAAGGUGCUUCGGUCUACGCUGCCACACGGAUGGGCUACACCCCUCUGCAUGUAGCGUGUCAUUACGGUAACAUCAAGAUGGUGAAGUUCCUCUUACAGCAGCAGGCCAAUGUUAACAGCAAAACAAGGCUUGGUUACACUCCUCUGCAUCAGGCAGCGCAGCAAGGACACACAGACAUUGUGACUUUAUUGCUAAAACAUGGUGCCCAACCCAAUGAGACCACUACUCAUGGCAUGUCAGCACUGGCCAUUGCAAAAAGGUUGGGAUACAUCUCUGUUAUCGAUGUCCUGAAGCUCGUCACUGAGGAGACUGUUUCUAUGACGACAACAGAGAAGCAUCGAAUGAGUUUUCCAGAAACAGUGGAUGAGAUAUUAGAUGUGUCUGAGGAUGAAGGAAUUGCACAGCUAACGUUAGGAGAGGAGCUCUUGGGGACAGAAGGGGCCAGGUACAUGAAGAUGGAUGACAUGAAAGACCAUGAUGACGAUUUCCUCUCCCCCAAGAAAUCACUGGAGUACGAGAGAGGGCUGGGCACAGCGAAUUACUCACCGGCCAUUCCCAGGAUUCCCCGUGUCUCCCCGGAGAAUGUGAAUCUGCCAGAACAUGAAAUGGAUCAGCAACACACACCACUUCCACUGCCCAAAGAGUACGACGACGACUCACUGAUUCCCAGCAGUCCAGCAACUGAGACGUCUGACAAUGUCAGCCCAGUCGCCAGUCCCAUCCACACAGGAUUCCUGGUCAGUUUUAUGGUGGAUGCUCGAGGCGGUUCAAUGCGAGGCAGCAGGCAUAAUGGUCUGCGUGUCAUCAUACCUCCACGGACGUGUGCGGCACCCACUCGCAUUACCUGCCGCCUGGUGAAGCCGCAGAAGCUGACCAGCCCCCCUCCUCUGGUGGAGGGAGAGGGGCUGGCCAGCAGGAUCAUUUCCCUGGGUCCAGCUGGGAUGCAGUUUCUGGGACCAGUGAUUGUGGAGAUUCCCCACUUUGCUGCUCUGGGUCGUGGAGACCGAGAGCUUGUUGUGCUCAGGAGCGAGAACGGAUCUGUCUGGAAGGAGCACCGCAACCGCUACGGUGACGAGGUGCUGGAAACCAUCCUGAAUGGGAUGGAUGAGGAACUAGAAAGUCAAGAGGAACUCAGCAAGAAGCGAAUCCGCCGCAUCAUCUCUACUGACUUCCCUCUUUACUUCGCUGUUGUAUCAAGAGUCCAACAAGAGAGUGACCUGAUUGGUCCAGAGGGAGGCUCACUUACCAGUAAACUAGUGCCGAUGGUGCAGGCAACGUUUCCAGAGACGGCAGUCACAAAAAGAGUCCGCCUCGGACUGCAGGCCCAACCAGUUCCAGAUGAGCUGGUUGCAAAACUGCUGGGUAACCAAGCAAACUUUAGCCCUGUAGUCACUGUGGAGCCUCGGCGGCGCAAGUUUCACCGUCCCAUUGGCCUGCGCAUCCCCCUGCCUCCGUCCUGGAGGGAGAGUCCCCGUGACUCAGGCGAAGGCGACACCACCAGUCUGCGUCUGCUCUGCUCUGUUAUAGGUGGAACAGCCCCAGCCCAAUGGGAAGACAUUACUGGCACCACCAAGCUCCUCUAUGCCAGUGACUGCGCCAGCUUUACCACUAAUGUUUCUGCACGGUUCUGGCUGGCAGACUGUCCUCGGACAGCUGAGGCCGUCUCCUUUGCCAACCUGCUCUAUAAAGAGCUAUCAGCUGUACCCUACAUGGCCAAGUUUGUAGUGUUUGCAAAGAUGAACGAGCUGCGCGAGGGCCGUCUGCGAUGCUACUGCAUGACAGACGAUAAGAUGGAUAAAACUCUGGAACAGCAUGAGAACUUUACCGAAGUCGCCCGCAGUCGAGACAUAGAGGUGAUGGAGGGAAUGCCACUUCACCUGGAGUGUUCAGGAAAUCUGGUGCCAGUGAGGAAGGCCACACAGCAGCCGCGCUGCUUUAGUUUCCAGGCUUUCAGGGACAACAGGCUUCCAGUCUCUGUCAAGGUACGAGACAGCAGUAAGGAGCCUACUGGAUUUUUAUCUUUCCUACGGAAGUCCACUAAAUAUGAAGACAGCCAACAAGUACUCUGCAACCUUAAUAUCACUAUGCCUCCUUGUAUCAAGAUUAUUGGUAGUGAAGAUAGGAGACGAACUCUGACCCCUUUGGCUUUGAGAGAAAGAUACAGCGCCCUAAAUGAACCCGCUUUGGCAUCAAUGAGUGCAAUGGAGAGAACGGAGCUGAAGAUGGCAGUGAUCGCAGAGCAACUGGGUCUGAGCUGGGCUGAGUUAGCACGUGAGCUACAGCUGAGUGUAGAUGAUAUCAACAGGAUUCGAGUUGAGAAUCCAAACUCCCUCCUCGAACAGAGCUCCGCGCUGCUCAACUUGUGGGCAACUCGUGAAGGCAAAAGGGCCAAAAUGGAGAGUAUAUACACCGCCCUGAAGAACAUCGACCGUAUGGACAUCAUCAACAUGUUGGAGGGUCACCCGCCCCAGCCUAUGAGACAAGGCUCCCGUGACCUGAACAGACGGCGACACAACGACAAAGAGCAUCUCUCCCCUGGUAUGACCAAUGGUUAUGGGCUUGCGCAGGAGGAGCUCCAUUCGCCGGCCUCAAUGCAGUACAGCCUGCCCUCUCCGUUGGGUGCCGAGCCUUACUGGCAGGAAGUAUCCAGCCUGGACUGUGCACCAAUUGCCACCACAGAAGAAGACACCCUAAUGGAGAUGUCCGAUGUUCAGGUUUGGCCCUCUGGCAACAGCCCUUCCUUGGUACCUGUGGAGGACUCCUCGCUGGAAUGCAGCAAUGCGGAUGACUCAGAAGGUCUGCUGGGGCUGCCGUAUGGAAGUCUGGGCCGACCGGCCAGCCAGGCCAGUGCAGCCAGCGCAGGGGGUGUGGUGCUGAGUGGUUCUAUUGAGCUGCCAGAAGAUGACUCAGAGAUGGGAGUGGAUUCUCUCAGCACAACCACACCAGCCUCCAUUGGGGGAACCAUAGCAGGGAUCAAUCUCAACGGGCUAAACAACGGUCAGGGGUCAGAGGCAAGCUCAGAGUUAUCAGCCGUCACGAGUACGACGGGUGGUGAUGGAGCUGAAGGAGGAGGACGACGACUAGGUGGAACUGGCUCAGAAGAAGGACAUUCUCUUGUUUCAGGACAACAAAGAGUGUAUGCUCGGUUGAGUGAAUCACCUGGUCUGAGCUGUGUUGCAGAUCGGAAUGGAGACAGGUCAGCUAAUGGUGGCAACGGAAGUGGAGGAGGCUCUUUCCUUUCUUACCUGCAGGAACAGACCGGUUCAGGAUGGAUGCCUGUCACUGACCCUACACAGGCUUGGGUGGGCACCCAGUCUAAGCCCAGGCAGGCCAUGGAGACUAUGAUUUCAUCUGUACGUAAUGCUGUGGAUGUAGACCCAUCCCUAAUGUCCCAGGAGGCCUUGCUUCAACCCGUGAGGGACAUGGGGCACUCUGAGAUUUUACGGGGCCACUUCAGAGGUACCCAGCCUUUUGAGAAGGGUCUGGGAUUCCCACACAGGGUUCCAGAACUGAGAGCCUGGGAUGACGUGCGCCUGAAAGGCCAGGGCGAUGAAGUUGAAGACCUUGCUGGUGGGCAAGUAAGUGAGGAGCAGUUCACAGAUGAACAUGGAAACAUCGUAACCAAGAAGAUUGUACGGAAAGUUGUGCGCAGAGGGAAAGGUUUGGGAGAAGAAGGGGUUCUGGAAGUGGAGGGUUCCCUGCUGGAUGCCAACGAACUGGAGGGCGAUGCUGAGCAGUACCUGAGCUACGCCAUCCUAGGCCGCGACGGCAGCAAGACCGAUUCUGUGGAUGUGAAGAAAGGUGCUCAGAUAGUGAAAUGUGCCAGUCUGCGGAGAGUUAAGCAGUGAGGUAGACAGAGUGCUGCGUCCCUGCAGAGUUCUCCACAAGAUUCAACCCCUUCACCGAAACAAUCGUACAUGGACACAUGACCAGCAGCAGCUGUCAGGCAGAUGACCACACGGGGCCUGGCCGACAAAUGAAAAUGAAAUCCCCCUCCAACAUAACGACAGCGGCGUUGCCGACUUUCAGCACGUUUCAGAAGAAAAGGAUAAAGAUCUAACUUAUAGUUUUUAUUACCUCUUUAUUUUUAAGAAACUCUGGUUAUAAAGAAAAAAAAAACAAAUCCUACUAGGCUAGAAGCAUGAUUUCAUAUAAAACAAAAUCAAACACAGGCAAAAAAAAGAAAAAAGAAAGAAACGCAGCCGACAUGUGCUUCCUGUUAUCUGUAUCAGCAUGAGUGAUUGCUGCCGCAUGGCCUGUCUUUAACUACAAAUACAGAGGGAAACACAGGGGCGGGUAAAGGGGGUGGGAUGGGACAGGCAUGCAAUGUUCAUUCAAUAACUGGUCUGAUUUCUAAAUUAACCAGGAAAUUAACUGUUUAACAGUCAGAGAAAAACAGAGACUACAAACUCAAAUUCCUCUCUUCCUCAACACACAGAUCCGUUUUAAUCCCCUCUCAGUGCUCCGAGCACAGUAAAGCUCCUCCAACCACCCAAGAAUAUCAGUGUUGUACAUAAUAUUGUAUGCACUCAAAAGCUCUACAUGACAGUGUGUUACGUGUGUUGUUUAUGUUCUCUAAGAUCUCUAUGCGAUGCCACUGAUGCUGCUUCCAUGUACAUAAGAGAUUCCUCCCUGGUUUUCUUGUUAGAUCUGUUCUGUCAAAACCUAUAUAAUAUUAGUCUAUAUAUCCUGAGGUCUUUGUGGGUACAAGAACAUGCAAACGUUAUGUCGCUCUGCCUGUUUUAAUUUAGUUUAUGCUCAUUUUUCUGCACCUUUCACUUGCUGUCAUCAUUUAGACUGCAGAGAGACGGACUUCUCCUCCAUCAGUUGCUGUACUGUGGGUCUUUUUUCAUCUUUAGGAGGCAGUUUUAAUACCUUCUCUUUGUGUAGAAGGAAACAGUUUCGAUGAACGAUUAUAAGGAGACUAAACUUCUCUUACAUCUCUCUUCUUUUGCUUUGGUUUCGUCCACACUGUUUUGUAAUAAUAUAUCUCACCUCUGCGGUCACCCUAUCAGAGCACAUGUAGCAGUCCUGUCCUCCUUCCCUGAUAGAGGACAGGAUCCCACCUUCCGCUCGCAGCUGUCCAGUAAAUCCUGCAGCAUUUGACCCCACCACACACACACACAUACGGUGCACAUACUGAUCACCUGUCCUCCACUAGAAGAUGUCACUCGAUGAGGUAGCUGAAACACUGGUAAUGUAGCAUUGAUCUGACUGGGCAGGCAGGGGAGCGUCGCACCACGGGCCGAGAUCGUGUUGAGCUCUUAUGUUUGUCCUUUGGAUGGCUACUUGGAGCGUAGCAAAGGCAGUCAGUCACCGAUCACUGUGAUGAGAAACUGUAAUACUGACCUGUAACUGUGAGCCUGGCUCCCCCUCGUCUCCAAUCUCGUCUCCUUUCAAUUCAUCUUACGUUGUAAUAAUUCACUUUCUUCUACGUUUAUUUAUGUAAUAUUCAAAAGGAGCAAUAAUUGCUAACAAAAAAGAAAAAAAGCAUAUUUAUGUGUGAGAGUGUGAGAAAAGAAUGGAAAUUUAAGGAUCAAAGGUCAAGGUCUUUCUAAACCUUAUCACAGUUUUAGAGUCUUCUCUUUUUUCAGAAAUGAUGUCAGUAAUUUAGGAUUCCACCUUUGCGUAUUUUGAUUCACAAAAACAUUAUUUAUGUUGGUAUGAUUUCAUAUCAUAAAUCCAGUGGCGGUUUUUGCGCAAAUGGCACAAAAUAGAGGAAAAUAUGCACAAAUCAUUGUAGAACAACUCAUGCUUAAUCCAACUGUGUAGUUUCUAGCUUGUGUUAAUCUGUGAAGGUACUGAUUCUAAAAGAUUAAAGUAUUAUAAUUUAACUUUUUAAUGUUAAUGCAUGUUACAUAAAGAUUGAAAGUUUCAUGAAUCUCAAACUGUGUUUUAAAGAAGUGGCACCGACCUGCUCAGAGCAGAAUAAUCCAGUUCAGGUUCAACAGUCUCUGUUUCCUUUUUCAAAUUUUGAAUAAACAGAGAAAAUGUUGUCCAAACUGUUAAAAAAAGAGUGAGAUAUUUCUAGCAGUCUACAACUCAGAUACCAAGUUCAGCAUCUUUACCAUCCAACAUUGCAUAGAUGUUUUUUUGUUACAGUUUUACACUGUUUUACACUCCUCAAUGACUGGGCAUGCUCAUGCCUUUCCUGAUGGAAUGACGCCCUGGGUGGUGAGCCAUGUCAAAAACCGUCACUGCAAUGUGCCCAAAGUUUGAUUUUGUUGUUCAUUUUAGAAUGUAGGUGUGUUCAAUCAGUUUUAAAUCUUAAAGACAUUCAUAUGUACCUUAUAAGUUUGCAUGUGUUUCUCUUCUGUCCCAGAUAAAGGGACAUUUAUAGUUAGGGUGUGAUACUGCAAAUAGUCAGAGACUAUAUACAUAAACUUUCUGAUCAGUUUUAAAAGUUGAUUUACCUCAAUAUGUGUGUGCCAUCUCACAUGAUGCAAACUAUCUAGACAUGCAUUUUAUUCCGAUGUCAUGUUCCCCUCUGAACUCUUUAUCAGACAAAAAUAUGUAAACCACAGAAAUGUCGCAAUAAGCAUCCAUCUGUAAAUGUUUAGUAGGCUCCACAGCCAGAAACGAUGAAUGUAAAGUGGUGGUAUUACUGUGAGUCCUGUUAUGUGUUGGCUCUGUAUUUCAGUAGAUAUUAGGGUGUUCACUCUGAUGUUUAAUACUCAGUAUCUGCUCAUCACACAUUUGACUUCCUCCUCACUUCAUCACAAACAUACAUGAAAGACGGUUUUUAAACAGGAAAGCCUUGACUAGUAUUUGCAAUUAUCUCUUUGUUAGAUGAUAUUUAUAUUUUAUUACCUUAUUUAGUACUUAUGAAAGUAAGAUUAUCUAUUGAAUAUUUAUUGAACUAAAAGUAGUUCCCGGUCUGUCACAGCAUACAAUUUGCACCAUACAACGUAACACAUGUUUUUUUGGUUACACUGCAGAGAAUUUAAAAUGCUUUGCUUAAUAUAUCAAUUAAAUGAAUCCUGAAAUGAGCUAAAUUUAAGUAUAUAGAUGACUUGAUAUUAUAUAUGCAAGAAUAAUUUCCCAUUAUGUUUCUUUUUGGAAAUGUCAAAUCAUUAUUCUUUCAGAUAUAUAUUUUUUUUAUUUUAAGUUUUUGAUGACUUGCUAAUAUCUUUUUACCAUUUUUUCUGGUCUCAAAGGCUGAUGUGCCACAAUACAUACAAUACUUUUCUUUUGUUGAAAUUUAUAUAUGUGACAAUUUAAAAAAAAUACAAUAAAUAAGCUAAAUAUUAUAGCAACUUCAUACAUAUUAUACAUAAAUAACUAUUAAAAUAAUAAAUCAAAAUUUGUAUUUAUUAUGUGUUUUUUUUCCGUUCAAGACUGAAGUAGCUCUUAUUUAUUAUGAUAUUUUUAUGUAAAUAAUUGACAUUACAACUGUGGAAGUAGAUCGUGGCAACUUAUGUUGCAAUAAUAUAAGGACAAUGAAGUAUUAUUUUUUUAUUAUUAAUUUGGAUUAUUAUGCAAUCUAGUGUUUCAUAAAAUUAGCUAAUAUUUUAAUUUAUUUUAAUAAAUUAAGUUUUUAUAAAAAAUUAUAUAUUUUUAAAUGAUCACAUAUAUAACUAUUUAACAAAUUAUUCAUGUAUUGAGUGUGACACUUCUGACUUUCUAUUGUGCUGCAGUGUAAGACCUGGCAGCUACUGAACAGAGUAGAUGGAAACAAAAAUAGCAAAAUAAUAUAUGUGGUUUUGAGCAAAUAUAACAAAUUCAUAAGCUCACAUCAGUUUUUUCAGGAUUUAUUUUACUGUAUAUGGAGGCUAGAAGCCGAUUUUUUAACUUUUUAAGGCUAUUUAUUUAUUUAAUCUUUUCUAAAGGGAUAUUUCAUCCUUCCUACAUGUUUGAGUUGUUUUUACAAGCUGACUGAUUUUAUGACUCCUCUGCUGAUGUCAGGGUUAGUGUUACAGGGAUCUGAUUAUUGGGGAAAACACACCAAGGGGGAGCAAUCUCAAAAAAGAUGGAAUUUCUUGAGGAAUUAAGUGGCUUCAAGAUGACAAGCAUUUUUCCUCAACACAGUCCUCCCUCUAUUGCUUUGUUUUUGUUUUUUGUUUGUUUCCCUCUUACCAAAUAUGAGACUGAGCCAAAUCUGAGGCUUCCACAUGGUGACGGACUGAAUGUGGUCAGAAAGGUGUCCGAGCAGGUGCCAGCAGGAGGCGCUGUGCUUAAAAACAGCGAGGUGAAAACCUGGAAAGCCCUGCACCGAGGGACUGCCAAAAACGAUGCCAUGCACCAAGUUCAUGCAAAAAUAUUAACUCCUGCAAAAACUAGAGAACACAUGUAUAUUCCUUUAGAAUGGAUUGAAGACAUUAUUAACGCAAUAGCAUAUUACUCGAUACUAAGGAAUGCAACUGCGCACAUGCACAAAAUGUUUUUAACAUAAAAAAGCUAUAUAUAUAUAUAUGAAACAUAUAAAUAUAUAUAUUUACUUAGAAUGCUAUGCACCCUUACUUGUCAACUGGGAUUUCUAUUAUGUUAUGGAUGUACUUUUAGCAUCAUACAGCUGUAGCUACCAAGAGACUGUUGAGUUCUGGGUAUUGCCUGCAACCUGGGGAUAAAUGGGGAUAUUAUGGGUGUUUUAACUUGUUUUGUUUUAUUUUUGUUUUUUAUUGUCAUGGAGAGUCAAACAUGGAUUUAAAAUAUACAUGUGAAAACCUUUUAAUCUAAUCAAAAUCUGAGGGCAUCUAUUGACAAUUUACUCUGUACACCAGCUCAACAUUUACAAAAUUAAUAAAGAAAUGAAAUGUG